UAGUGAAAUAACCGGUAGGACCAGUCUAGAGUAGGGAUCAGCAGAGCAGGCACAGCUUCCUGGAUGGAAACAAAACGCAGGAGCAGAACGGAUAGACACUAACACGCACAAAUACACACACAUACAGGCCAGACAGGACACGAGCGAGCAGGACGUUUGAACAUGUUUAUAGUUUUUCUUUAAGCGCGGUACGAGUGUGAGAAAGGCGGUGUUCUAGCGACAGAAGUGGAAUUAGGCGUUGACAGCAGAGGAACAGAAGAACAGUAGACUGUAUCAACACAUGUGUCACAGUAAGAGCACUGCGGCUGUGGAUCUGGACCCAGGCAGCUCCUACACCCAGUGGUCCACAAGCAAGGAACAUGGAAGGAGGCUGUAGCGCCACAAAGUCCCCAGCAAAACGGCUAAGAGUAGCCUGAUUCUUCCAUCCUUCCCUCCCCGCGUGUCUUCCUCUACCAUGGCCAGCAGGAGUCCCACCCAGAGCCGGGAAGCCGGGGAUUUGGCACCAGGGAUCCUUGAGGCUGGUGCUAAGUCCCAACCGGGGCCCAAGGUCUUCUGCAAGCUGUGUCUCAGCGAGCAGCCAUCUGCAGCUGCCAGGGAGCUGCGGAGCUGCAACUGUGUUUUCUGCACAAUGUGUAUGCAGCAAUAUGUUCAGCUGGCUAUCAAGGAGGGUGGGGGGGCACCCAUCACCUGCCCAGAUAUGGCCUGUUCAAAGACUGGAGUGUUGCUGGACUCUGAGAUUGCUAGCUUGGCCCCAGAAGACCAGGUGGAGCUGUAUCAACGUCUGAAGUUUGAGAGAGGAGUGAAGUUGGACCCCAGUAAAGCCUGGUGCCCGGUGCUCGAAUGCCAGGCGGUGUGCAGCCUGCAGCCGAGCACCGAGGGCCAGCCCACCGCUGUGCCAUGCCCGACCUGUCACACAGUCUUCUGCUCCGGGUGCAGAGAGCCCUGGCAGGACAGCCAUACCUGCCCUGAGCGCCAGACCAUGAUGUCACCCUCACCCUCUCAUGAAAACAGGGCCCGCUCUGACAGCGACCCUGACAUGCCCAUCAAGCAGUGUCCUAUGUGUGGUAUCUACAUUGAGAGGAACCAGGGUUGUGCACAGAUGCUGUGCAAGAGCUGCAAACACACUUUCUGUUGGUACUGUCUGCAGAAUCUGGAUGGUGAUAUUUUCCUGAGGCAUUAUGACAAGGGGCCAUGCAGAAACAAGCUGGGGCACUCCAGGGCUUCGGUUAUGUGGAACAGAACGCAGGUGGUGGGUAUCCUGGUGGGGGUCAGCAUCAUCGUUCUGGUGACCUCUCCGCUUCUCUUGCUGGCCUCGCCGUGCAUCCUGUGCUGCAUCUGCAAGCCCUGCGGCAGGAAGAAGAAAAAGAGGAAGAAGGACCUCAGCAACCCAGACUCCUCCACAUCGUAGCAGCUUCUCAUCAACCCAGUUUGGGAUCACUCCACUAACCUCAUGACACCCAAGGAGUGCAAGUGAUACGUGGUGGAAGAAAAUAAAGUUGUGGAGCAGUGGAGCAUGCUUUCAUGACUCGACAGACUGGAAGCCUUGACUGGUUGAGUAAUGUUGGCGGAAUCAGCAACUGCAGACUUUCUCUUAAAGCUCUGUGAAGGAGCUACUCAAAAUUCACUCUUGAAUGACAAGAGUGUGUAGUUUAUAUGGUGAAGGUGUAAAUAUGAGGAGAAUGAAUGUAAGUAACUCACCUAUGGUAGUUGUUUCCAAAUGCACAACAGGUAGCACGGAGAGAGCAGUGGUUCUGUUAUCGCCACCUCUCUCUCUCUCUCACACACACGCACACACACACACACACACUCUCACACUAUUCAAAAUACAAUCCCACUCUCAUGUGCCAAACAUCAUGAUGCCAAACCAGAGGUGUUAGGUGCUCAAGUGCCUCACUCUACAGUGCCUGGUGCUUGGUUUUAUUUGAUUUGCCUUCCAUUCUGUCUUAUCUUAUGCAAAAAUGUUAGCAUUAUGAAAAUGGACAACAGUCAGGGUUUUACAGGGUUGUAAAUCCCUAAAACAAUGCAAAACAUUCUUUCACGAUGGCAGAAGGCAAACAGCAUCUGGUGUGCACUGUGUAUUCUGUACUGAUAUGAAACAUGAUAGGGCUUCAGUGGUGCACAGAAAACUUUUCUUCUGCUAAUGUUUGUUGUUUUCACCUGGCUUACGUUCUAGACCAAAGGCUCUGAAGGAUAAUGUGUACUUUUUUAAAGUGUGUUCAUUUGUAUGGGUUAUAUGUGUGUAUCGUAUCCUGUCAUCAUUUCUGUGUUUUUGUUGAUGUUUCUGCAUCAGAUAUUUUAUAAAAGCACCACUGUAAAUGAAAUGAAAUAAAUAUGCAUCAGAUGGUA